AUGAGGCCCCCGCCCCCGAACAAGGGCAAGGCUCCCUUAACCGAUGACGGAGGCCUAUCCGACAGCUCAUCUCAACCAAGCGAUGCCGAAGUCAUCUCCUCUCGAUCUCAAGCAGGAGACGAAAUGCCAAAUCCGACUGUUUCCGCUCAACCCUCGUCUCGAGGCUCUCUGUGGGCCACGCAGGAGAUGCAUGGCGAUAAAUCUGUCAAGCUCGAACAACUUUCACCAGGUCCAGAGCGAGACAGCAGUACAGACUCAGCCGCGUCUGAUUCCGAGUUUUCUCAUCCGCAGACUGGCCAAAAAUCUUCCUCGCCUCCAGAUUUGACGAUGAAAAAGAAGAAGAAGAAGGUCAAGGAGACGGGCGCUAAUGGACCUGACGCAGUCUAUGCAGCUGCGCUGGGGGAAGACGCCAAAGAUCUCUCAUUCUAUGCAGACCAAAAGGUCAAGUCAGAAUUCGCACAGAAUGAGAUUACGGUCCAGCUUGGGCGGCCCCCUGGUCAUCCAUCGCCCGAGAGAUCAAGCGCGAUGUCUGGAGGCGAAACCGAGGGCAGCGCAUCUAAUGUAGAGGAUGAGCCAGAGAAUCAGAACGAAGACCGUACAAAGAAGGUCCAACGCCUCAUAGUUGAUAGGGUCAUGUCCUCGUUCAUGAGUUGGCUGGAUAUCAAGAAGCACGUCAAGCAAGAGGAGGAAGAGGAGGGGCAUGAGAGUGCGUCACAAUUUGAGGAAGACUUGUUUGGAGCUGCCCCUGGCGGCGAUGCUGCAGAUGAUGCUCUCUCCAAGUCCAGUUCAAUGAUGCUAGGAAGUGUUCCUAGUAGCGCGAAGAGCUCUUCCAGAGGACAUGAACUCGAAAGCUUCAUGUUUCGUCAAGUCCCAGCUCCCAGUGCUCCUGCACCUGUUACUCGCCACAGGAACUCGAACAUUUCUCUCCCACCGCCGCCGCCGCCACGAGCUGCAUUUGGAGCACUGGCUCCGUUUAUGCCACCGCCGCCAGCGGGACGAGAGUCGCAAAUUUCUGCUAUUUCUGCGACUUAUGUGCCAAGUUCCGAUUCAAUGGUAGAUUUUGCGGGGAUACCGCCACUGGCAUCAGCGGCACAAGCACCAGUCCCAGGACUCAUACCACCGCAGCAGGUGCAGUCGCGAUCAGGCUACACUGUUAGGAGCGCAAGCGAGGUCAAAGAAGUCAAAAGUUCUAGCAAACGGAGUGCUGCUCCAGCACGCAUACCGCAACCUUUUUGCUUACCGUCAAAAGGGUCUGAAACUAUAGGAGCAUCCGCACCUUCGCACCGGGCAAUAGCUUCACGACAACCACCAGCAGAGCAAGGGGCGGGUGGCACCAGUAAAUUGACUUCUUUGCUCAAAAACGGGAUCAAUGAAAGACACAUGCUCGGAAGGGUGAGUAAGAUGAGACCCCCGUCGAGAAAACACGACAGGUCUACAGACGGCCAAGCGCCAGGCGAAGGAGAAGAAGAGGGCGAUGAGGAUGGACUGCCCCGAGCGAAACUGUCCAAAGUGCAGGAAGACACGAUUGAGGGCGCAAAACUUGCGUGUCCCUUCUUCAAGUACAACCCAAGGAAGUACAAAACCCAGCGACCAUGCUGCGGUCCAGGCUGGGACCAAGUCCAUCGUAUCAAGGAGCACAUUUAUCGCAAGCACUCUCUGCCAAAGUUCUCGUGCCCACGAUGCUCGCAGUCUUUCGAGACCCAACUGGCUCUGCAAGCCCACGCCCGCUCGCUGGACGCCUGUGACGUACACGAACCGGAGGUCUUGGAUGGCAUCACGCAGGAUCAAGAGAAGAAGCUUCGUUCUCGGAAGAAGACGUCGGUCAAAGAACUCACCGAAGCGGAGAAGUGGAUUCAAGUCUACCGUAUCCUCUUCCCCGACGUGAGAGAGCGGGAAAUUCCGUCACCGUACCAUAAUGCAGAGGACGCCGAGAAGAACCUGGGAGGCUACGAAGAUUAUCUUCGCCGUGAACUUCCACCGCUGGUCCGCCGACAGCUUGAAAAAGAGGUCGAGCGUGAGCUGAGUUUCGUCGAGGAAGGGAUGAAGCAAAAGGUCAUUGACAUUGCUCGGAAUCUCCAGCUCACGCUGUUCAAGGGCUACCAACAGCUUGAGAACCAAGAGCGAGGACUGCAAGAAGCGCUGAGUGUUGAUGCGUCUUCAAGCUCCGAGAUGGCAGCGUCUUUCUUCACGGCGACCGACGCUUCGCCGUCAACCAUGACGACUGGCGGCACAACGCCAGAGAUUCCGGAUCCGUUGGACAUAUUUGGUGAUCCCGCUAUUCCGGACUUCGACUUUGGUUUUCUUGCCGACAUUCCUUAUCCAGAGUCGCAGUCGCCCUCUAAGGGGCAGAAUCUGGGCCUGGAGUUCAAUCAGUCUUUUGCAACUCAAGAACCGGCUACGAUCACACCUGGGAUGGAGUUGCUCGGGGCACAGCAACACGAUCUGCCAUACUACGGACUAGAAGGCUACCAAGAUCCAAAUAGCCAGAGGAUAGACGCGAGCGUUCUGAGCUACCUUCCAUGA